CAUCACAUUUGAAUGAAAUAGAAGCCCUCAAGAUUCGACGUCUAGACACCGUAGUGUGAACAGUGUCUCUAAAAGUCUUCCAAACGAACUAUAACAAUAUUGAAAAUACCCAAAUUGAUCCAGGGGAAGAUCCUGGAACCUCAAUGGUUUUAGAAACAGAAAAAAACAAACAAAAGUAAAAGGAAAAAGAACUCUGAUAACGAAGACCCGCUCUCGAAACUCCGGCGAAACAGCUCAUCUGAAACGCAAGUAGAAACCCAACAAAAUAUAAUUCUGAUUCAAUUACAAGGGGAGUCAUAUACCUCAAACUUCAAUAAUCCAAUAAAAUUAACAGAGGCAAUUAAUACGUCAGAAUUCCAAAAAUACAUCAAAGAAAAUACCCUAAGAGUACUAGGAACAGGAAAAACCAUAAGGUUUGAGGUAUAUAACAUCUCAAAAAUAAGACCACUUAAUGAAAUAAAAAAACUAAGCAAUUGGGAAAUCAUAUGCAAACAGCCAUCUUCCAGUUAAAACACAGGAUGUACCUAUGGAACCAUUUUCCUUGAAGAGACAGAACUGAAUAUAGAAAGUCUAAAAGAAAAAAUCAGGGCAAUUGGCGGUCAAAAUUCAAACAUCAUUGAAAUAAUGAGAAUAAAAAAGAAAAAUAAGGAAAUAAACAAUAAACAAAAAUGGAUUGAAAGAAAAUCCAUAAGAUUAACUUUUCAAGGAAAACUCCCAGAAAGAGUGGUAAUUGGGCAUAUUUCAUAUAAAGUAAAUCAGUAUACCUUCCCAAUUCCCAAGUGCUAUAAUUGUCAGAUGUAUGGUCAUGGCACCAUAACAUGUAAAAACAAACAAAGGUGUAGCAAAUGCAGUGGAGUUAAUCACAUAUUCAAAGAUUGUAAUAACGACCCAUACUGUUUUUACUGCAAGGAAAACCACAGUCCAACAGACAUUAACUGUAAAUAUCAUAAAAGGGCACAAGAGAUAAACAAAAACAACAUAACACCAAAUAACCAAGAAGUGAAAAAACAAUUACAAAAGUUAAAACCAUUAACAGAUGAAGACCAGAAACAACACAAAAACAGAACAUCAAAUGACACUUUAAGAAACAACAACACACAAACAGCAAACCCCCCACAAAACAUAAACAGAACACAAUCCAACCCUGAAAACACCAGACAAACAUACGCACAAACACUAACCCAAGAACAAAGCCUAACUCUCGAACAGAGAACCCCCACAAGACUGAAAAGACAAAAAGAAAGCAAAGACUUAACUCCAAACAUAACAGAUGACAAAACAAAAGAAAACAAUCAGACUCCAAAAAGGAAACAAAGCUCUACAAGUAAAAACACAGAAACUAACAGAACAGAACAAUCGCCCACAACAUGGACAUUACCAACACCAAUACAGAACACAAAGACAUACAAAACAAACAAAAAUGACAAGCAAAUAACUUCUCAUGGGUUUCCUUCAGUAAAAACAUAUACAAGAUAAUAACUAAUAUAGUAAAUGACUUAAAUGAAGGAAAAUCAAUUAUCUCCAUAUUAAAGAAGUGCUACUAAAUACAGGGCCGUUAAUAAAAGAACUUAUAGAGUAUAUUAAUGAAUAAACUAACACUAUGGAACACAAGAGCAAUAACAAACAAAGAAAUUGAAAUAAAUUAUUUAAUAUUCAAAGAAAACCCAGAAGUAUUAGCAUUAUGUGAAACAUGGCUAAAGGACAAAGACAAAUUCAAAAUCCCAAACUACCAAAUAGUAAGAAAAGACAGGAAGAAUCAAAUAGGCGGAGGCCUAGCUUUCUGUAUAAAAAAUUCAAUUCAAUACAAGGAAAUAAAAUUAAAUGAUAACCAAGAAUCCAAAUUCGAAACACAAGCAAUUAAAAUACCUUUCAACAACAGAUGGCUAAAUAUAUUACUAAUAUAUAACCCAUGCAAUAACAUUUCAAAAGAAGAAAUUGAACCCUAUGCAAAUCAAUUAGACGAACCAAAGCUCAUAAUGGGAGAUCUAAAUGCUCACCACCCCUUCUGGGAACCAAACUUAAACUCAAAGCUAACAAACAAAACAGGCAAAAAUGUUUUUGAUUUUUUAACAAAUAAUUCCGAAAUACUUCUAACUCCACCAGGACAAAUAACAAGGAUAGAUCCUAAAACAGGCAAAACUUCAACUAUAGACCUAAUAAAAGGAUCUCCAAAUUUAAGCCAUUUAGAAAUAACUGUAGGCUCACAUUUAAAUAGUGACCAUUUACCAAUAAUUGUAAAAAAUAACAAUCAAAACUCUCACUCUAAUAAAGAAAGAAAAUGGCACUUUACAAAAGAGGGAUGGACCAAAUAUAAAAAAGAACUGAAUAAAUUUAAGGUAGAAAACACAAUAAGCCUACCGACAAUAGCUAACGUACUAAAGGAAAUGGGCAAAAAAUGUUUCAAGUUUGAAAACAAUGUCACAAAAACUAAACCAAACAAACCAUGGUGGAAUGAAAACUGUCAUAAAGAAAAGAAACAAAGCUUUUAAUAAAUGGAGGAAAAAGCCUAACAAAGAAAACGAAAUAGAAUAUAAAAAACUUAUGGCACAAAGUAGGCAAAUAAUUGAAACAGAAAAAAGAAAGGCCUGGGAAAACUUUUGUAGUGAACUAGAUUUUAAGACCCCAACUAAGAAAGUAUGGAAUUUUAUAAAGAAACAAACAGGUAAAAUCUCUAACCAAAGUUAUCCCAUAAUAAGCAAUGAUCUCCCAGUAACAAAU